AUGGUUAGGGGAAUCGCACCGCGUGAUGCACCUCCUUCUGGUGCCGAAGAGUUUUUGAAACUCCUUUCAAAUCCAUUUAGUUCUGAACUGAAUUAUAACGCUUUUUGGGUCUCACUGGGAACGUCUGUUGGUGUCACAGCCGGCCUGGCUCUCCUUUUCUCUCUGGUUCGCCCUCGAAACUCCGUGGUAUAUGCUCCCAAGUUAAAACAUGCAGACAAGUCUCAUGCGCCCCCUCCGCUGGGGAAAGGAAUUUUCGCUUGGAUAACACCCAUAAUCAAGCUCAAGGAAGAUGAGCUCGUGGACAGAAUGGGCAUGGAUGCGACUAUCUUUCUUCGGUUCACACGAAUGUGCAGGAACAUGUUCCUUGUUAUGAGCAUAAUAGGAUGUCUCAUAAUGAUCCCAGUGAACGUCCAUUAUAGCAACCGGAAAAUAGCGAAUGGUACGAAGUCGCUCUUUGAUUUUAUGACUCCGGAAUUGGUCUGGGGCGAACCGCUCUGGUCAAACAUUGCUUGUGCAUGGGCGUUUAAUUUCAUAGUUAUGUACUUCCUUUGGCACAACUAUCGUGCCAUCCACAGGCUCAGGAAACGAUACUUCCAGAGCCCGGAAUACCAAAAGAGCUUGCACGCGAGGACUGUGAUGGUCACACACAUCCCACCGUCUUAUAGGACGGAUGAGGGCUUACUGCGCCUGACUGAUGAGGUCAACCCUACAGCUAGCAUACCCAGAGCAGCCAUUGGUCGAAACAUGAGAGAGUUGCCGGGACUGAUCAAGGAGCAUGAUACUGUUGUUAGGAAGCUUGAAGAGGUUCUGGCAAAAUACUUCAAAGAUCCCGACCAUCUUCCUCUAAACCGCCCAACCUGCAAGCCCGCGAAAAAGGAUCAGAGUGGGAGAUCCUCCUCUGAACAGGUAGACGCGAUUGACUAUUAUACCGACAGAGUUCGACAAUUGGAGAUGGAAAUCAGGCACGUCCGGGAAUCUAUCGAUAAACGAAACGCCAUGCCCUACGGUUUUGCCAGUUGGGAUGCCAUCGAGGACGCCCAUGCCGUGGCCUUUGCCGCUCGGAACAAACAUCCACAUGGCACUACUAUCAGACAAGCGCCAAGGCCCAACGACAUUAUCUGGGACAACCUCGCCCUGUCAAAAAGCAACCUGAAGUGGAAACGGUUCAUGAAUGCAGUUUGGUCGACUAUUCUAACAGUUAUUUGGAUCGUGCCAAACGCUAUGAUCGCUAUCUUCUUAACCAACUUGUCUAAUCUCGGGAGAGUAUGGCCUGCAUUCCAAACGUCACUUAACGGAAACCCCAAAACUUGGGCCGCUGUCCAAGGUAUAGCCUCACCGGCUAUAUUGUCAUUGGUGUACAUUGUCCUUCCGAUCAUAUUCCGGAGACUUGCAACUCAGUCCGGCAAGAAAACCAAGACAGCUCGUGAGAGGCAAGUUAUUCACAGCCUCUACGCCUUUUUUGUCUUCAACAACCUAGUGGUUUUCUCCCUAUUCUCCAGUGUUUGGCAAGUGGGGGCUGUAAUCAUCAAAGCAAAGAACGAAGGCCAAGAUGCAUGGAAGGCGCUUCAGGCUGGAGGAACCUUUCAGAAUUUUGUCGUUGCUCUUAUCCGCGUUGCACCCUUUUGGGUCAAUUGGCUGCUGCAAAGGAACCUGGGUGCUGCCAUUGAUCUCAUCCAGAUGAUCAACAUGGUUUGGAUUUUCUUUGCGAGAAAAUUCUUAAGCCCAACGCCUCGCAAGUCAAUCGAAUGGACCGCUCCCCCUCCGUUCGACUACGCCAGUUAUUACAAUUACUUUUUAUUUUACGUCACUACUGCGCUUUGCUUUUCGACCUUACAGCCCAUCGUCCUGCCAGUGACAGCGUUAUACUUUGGUGUCGAUACGUGGCUGAAAAAGUAUCUCCUUCUAUACAUUUUUGUGACCAAAACUGAGUCUGGAGGUCGGUACUGGCGACUUAUUUACAAUCGCGUGGUCUUUGCUGUCAUCCUCUCGAAUUUUGUCACAGGGUUGAUUGUAACAGCGCGGGGAUCCUGGACCAUGGUCUAUUCCUUAGUUCCCCUUCCUCUCAUCAUGCUAGGGUUCAAGUGGUACUGUCGAGUUACUUUUGACAACCAGAUGCAGUACUAUAACCGCGCGUUGGUCACUGAUCCAGAGGCAACAGCUAAUAGCAAGUCCUCUAAGAAAAUGGUAGAGCGCUUGAGCUCCCGUUUCGGUCAUCCUGCCCUCUACAAACCUCUUACUACACCAAUGGUCCACGCAAAGGCAGUAGGGGCUCUGGAAAAGUUCUUCCAGUCCCGCCAAGGCAUGGGUGCUGAGACUGGGGAGUAUUCCGAUAUUGCCAUGCAUAGAAUGUCGUCCACUCGGCCCGGAAAAUCAGACAACAACCGCAAUGCACCGUUCGAAGUCGUUGCUGAAAACCAGCUUGACUUCUCUUACUUCAAGGAUCGACCGGACUUCCGAGACGAGUUUGGUGGUGGUAUCUACGGGCGACCGGACGAUGUGUUUACCGAAAGAUCUCAUACUCCUAAGAGCUUCCUAAUAGGUACGGGCGACUCACCCAGUUCUUCUCGGGCAUCGUCACCUACUCCAUCCACCUACAGCCAACAAGGGCGUAGCGCAACUUUCCAAGGACCACAUGGCCGGUUCCCGCAGCUUUCUGAUCACCCUGCUUUUCAACCUAAUGACUCUGAAGAACCUUCUUUCUACACAGCUCCCAACGAAAGUGAACGGGGACUAUUGAGCCAUGCCCAAACCACGCCACUAAGGCAAGACGGUGACAUUGGAUCCAUAGACCGAUGGCAUUCUCAUACAUCUGAGAUCAGAGACCAGAGCCCGUCCAAUUUUACGCCAUAUAGAGGCCAUCGUUAA